GUAGGUAGUGAGGUAGAUUUAGGUUGGAAGCAUAGACUAAAUGGUUGUGAGAAUUGGAAUAGAAUUUGAAUGCGCCUUCGCGGCCGCCGUACUUGUUGAGUCUGAACCAUAGACAGUAAAACAGGGAAACUGUAGUCUACUAACGUUAGCCGUGUUAACUACUUUACAAGCUAACUAAAGCGAUGGCUGAAUAUUCUCACGUAAAAUCAACCAAACUGGUUUUGAAAGGUUUUAACAAAGGGAAAAAGAGAAAGCAUAAAGAUAAGAAGAGAAAAGCAGGAGAUGAAGAACAAAAAGCUGAUAUAAUUGCUGGUUGGUGGUCUGUCAGCUGCUUUGGGGAAAUCACUGGAACGGUUGCCAUAGAGAUGCAGAACAACGCUUACAUCCAUGCCCUGGAUAGCGGGCUCUUCACACUCGGUGCACCACACAAAGAUGAUGAAGGACCUGACCCUCCAGAACAGUUUACUGCCAUCAAGGUCUCAGACACAAGGAUAGCCUUAAAGUCUGGAUAUGGCAAGUACCUGGGUAUCAACUCUGAGGGUUUGGUAGUGGGGCGCUCUGAUGCAAUUGGCUCCAGGGAACAGUGGGAAACAGUCUUCCAGGAGGGCAAAAUGGCUCUCCUGGCAGCAAAUAGCUGUUUCAUCUCCUACAGUGACAGUGGAGACAUCGUGGCCAAGAGCAAGACAGCAGGGGAUGGUGAGAUAGUGAAGAUCAGAUCGUGUGCGGAACGAGAGGUCAAGCGUAAAGAUGACAUUGCAGAAGAGGACCGGGGCAACGUGAAGUCUUGUGAGGUCAAUUAUGUGAAGAAGUUUCAGAGUUUUCAAGAUCGUCGGCUCAGGGUUAACGAGGAAGACUCGUCCACGCUAAAGAGAGCCAGAACUGACGGGAAGUUUCACGAAGCUUUGCUUGACAGGAGAAGCAAAAUGAAAGCAGACAGGUAUUGCAAGUGAAGACUCAGCUUUGUAGAUUACUGCCAUGUCUUUGUAAAUGUCUUGAUUUUAUAGAUAGCCAUUUGAUCUGACAUUUAAUGUAGUUUUUUUUUUUAUAUAUAUAUUUUGAAUAAAAUUACAUGGUCAAGUCA